AUGGACGCGCUGAUACUAAAUUCGACCGAUCGGUGUGAUAACCGUAAUGUCACCGAAGCCAUCAAACCAAACACCCGCGCUGUCGUCGUGCAGCUGGCUCUGUCCUUGAUUCUCGGUGUCUCGGCUUUCAUCGCAUUCUGCAUCCUCCGUCCACGAUGGCCUACACUUUACGCGGCGCGCAAGCGUCGACUCAACCCGAAAGUCGGGCUCCCGACGCUUCCCAACACCUUCUGGGGAUGGAUUCCGGCCCUGUAUCGCGUGACGGAAGAGCAGGUCCUCGCCUCCGCUGGGCUUGACGCCUUUGUCUUCCUCUCCUUCUUCAGGAUGGCCAUUCGAAUCCUCGUCACCAUGGCCCUGCUUGCUCUCAUCGUCCUCUUACCCGUCAACCUUCGAUUCAAGCCCGACGAUUUCCCUAAACCCAGGUUUGACAGCCUCGACUGGCUGAUGUCAAUGCCUUACCAUGCCUCGGACGGCGCCGCAUACAUUUCCGAGGGCAAGGGUGGUGGCGACGACGACGACACCAAAGACCCCGACCGCAGCUACCUCUGGGCAUGGCUAGUCUUUGUGUACAUCUUUUCUGGGCUUACCCUGUACGUUCUGAACAAGGAGACCUUCAGGGUGAUUCAUAUUCGCCAGGAAUACCUGGGUACUCAGUCGACUAUCACGGACAGAACCUUCCGCCUAUCAGGCAUUCCUCAGAAGAUGCGAUCUGAAGACAAGAUCAAACACCUGAUUGAAAAACUCGACAUCGGCCGAGUGGAGAGCGUCAGCCUUGUUCGCGAUUGGAGACAAAUCGACAGCUUAAUGGCGCAACGGGCCCAGGUGUUGGCGAAGUUGGAAGAAAGUUGGAGCGUGUUCUUGGGGAAACAGUCUGCUCUGCCCAAGUCGGUUCAACGCCUCCGAGAUCCAAAUGCCGAGCCAUCCGUCCUGGAACCUCGGGAGGACGAGGUUGACACCGAAGCUGGAGAGAACGGCCGACUCCUAGGUCACGGCGAACUUCAACCCGAGCUUGCCGAGCGACAGCGCCCAAAGGUCCGGCUCUGGUACGGCUUCCUUAACCUGCAGAGUCGCAAGGUGGACGCUAUCGAUUACUUCGAGGAAAAGCUCCGCCGGCUUGACGAGGUCAUCUACGAGGCCAGAGAGAAGGACUACACGCCGACCGAUCAGGCCUUUGUCACGAUGGACUCCAUUACGGCCUGCCAGAUGGCGAUCCAAGCCCGUAUCGAUCCUCGGCCUGGUCAGUUCCUCACCAAACCCGCACCCGCUCCUUCAGACAUCAUGUGGGCCAACACGUACGCACCUCGAGGUGUCCGUAGGCUGCGGUCGUGGACAGUCACAACUUUUGUUGCAGCUCUCUCCAUUCUGUGGAUUGCAAUCCUGGCAGCCAUUGCAGGUCUCCUCAGCGUCUGCAACUUUCAGCAAUGGUUCCCCUCGGUGGUCGACUUUCUUAAGAACUUUCCCACCAUCAAGGACCUGAUUGAAACAUCGCUAACGACGGUGCUCGUUUCCUUGCUCAACGUUGCAGUGCCGUACUUGUACGACUACCUCUCUUACCAGCAGGGCAUGAUUUCCAAGGGCGAUGUGGAGUUGUCCAUCAUCUCGAAGAACUUCUUUUUCACGUUUGUCAACAUUUUCCUCGUCUUUGCCGUCUCGGGCACUGCGCUCAGCGUGUUCAAGAUCAUUAAGGACUUCCAGGAUUCCUGGGGCAGCACACAGAAGUUGGCGCGAUUGAUCGGAUCCCAGAUUGAAGCCUUGGGUCUUUUCUAUGCCAACUUCAUCAUGCUCCAGGGCCUCGGUCUGUUCCCCUUCAGACUGCUGGAGUUUGGCAGCGUUUUUCUGUACCCGAUCUACCGCAUGGGUGCCAAGACCCCGCGAGACUUUGCAGAGAUUAUGGAACCUCCAGUUUUCAGCUACGGCUUCUACCUGCCGACGGCGUUGUUGAUCUUCAUGCUCUGUCAGAUCUACAGUACGCUGCCGUUCGGAGUUCUCAUCCUGCCGCUGGGAGUCAUCUACUUCACCUUCGGCUACUUCACCUACAAAUACCAGCUGCUGUAUGCCAUGGAUCAGCCGCAGCACGCGACCGGAGCGGCUUGGAGAACUAUUUCGUACCGCAUCGUGCUGGGUCUGGUCGUUUCCGAGAUCGUCUUGUCCAGCGUCAUGGCGCUCCAGACUGGGUUUGUGCAGUCGGUGCUGGUGCUGCCGCUCGUCGUCUUUACGGUUUGGUACAUGUUCUACUUCAGACGCCGAUUCGAGCCUUUAACGCGCUUCAUCUCGUUGCGCAGCAUCCGGGCUGAGAUUGAUGCCGAGGAUGCCAUCAUCUUCGACGAAGACUUUGAGGGGCCCAGGCCUUCCCAAGGUCUGCUGAGACGUGGCAGCACUGUCGACGAGGACAAGGAGAAGGGCAUGAAGUUUAUGAACCCCAGCCUCACCGCGCGACUUGAAAAACCGUGGAUCUACCAAGACCCUCCUCCGGCCGAGGAUUCGGAAGAAGAGAGCGGGCCUGAGCAGCAAAGCCAGGAAAGGCCGAGUGCGCCCGCGAAUACUGCCUCGGGCGCAUCCGAUAGCUCAAUGAGCCUGGGCGACACGCACAUCUGGCGCCAGCAAGCCGACAGCAGCAACCGUUGA